AUGUCCAUGGCUCUCCAGUUCAACUCACCCACUCCAGACCACACGCACUUCCGCGCGUUCCUCCCUUUCGCUCCUGCCAUGGAGCCUCUACCCGCUGUAGGUUUCCCGCUCUUCGCGGACUCGUUGCACGCAAGCAAGCGUCUUCGAUCCCUCUCAUCGUCCCCCAUCUCCGUCCCUCCAGCGGCUCUCCUCGAUACUACGCUCAGCCUAUCCUCUACUCCGAUCGCCUCUCCCCCACCGUGCCCGCCGUGUAACGGCGCGAUUUUGGAACGUUCGCCUCCACUCCGGCGGACCAAUCCGCCAGUUCCUGCAGCAAUUCCCGCCGCAGCUCCCGCCGCUCAUCCCGCGCGCUGUCCGCUCCCGCCUGUGGAGGCCCUCCGACGCGCCGUGAAGCGCUCGCACGCCGCAGCCCGUCUCGACGAGGAGGUUACCAGCCAGCUUCGGACCACCCUCCUCUCAGAAUGCCCCUUGCAAGUCCCGUCAAAUGCGCUCGAAGUCGGUGCCGCGGCGUCGGGACUCCCAGCGGUGCUUCCGUGCGACGCUGACGUGGCGGAGCGGCUCGUAAAGUACGACAGGCUGACGUCGUCGCUGCGUGGCUCUCUGCCGCCCGCGAAUCUCGCGCAGUGGGAUGCGGCGGUGGGCAAGCUGAGGGAUCGAGUCGCGAUGAAGGAGGAGUUUGGAAACGACGUGAACGGGUUCCUUCUGUUUCUCCAUGCGCAGCUCGACGCGCAGCAGCCGUCGGCGCGCAAGGCGCUUCAGCUGUUCGCUGCGUUCAAGCAAGCGCAGAGGCAGAAGCAGAACCUGGGAGCCGCGGUGGCGUCUGAAGCGCUUCCGACGGCGACGGCAGCUGCAGCAGUUUCGCGCCGUGUCUCGUCUCUUUCUCCAGAAACUGACGACGAUACCGCUUCCGUGUGUAGCAACGACCCUGAAUCUGCGGAACUGAGAGAUAUUGAAGCUGAAGGCUCACAGGCUGAGUCAUCCUUCUUUCGACGUGACUCAUCCGCAUCUGCUUCCGUGCCUUCCGCAAGCUCCGCCCUUGGGAUUGACGUAACGUGUCCUGCUGCUGUGAAGAAGAUGCUGUUUGAGCUUCAGUCUGCGGUGGUUCAGCUGGAGAGGAAUACCGCGAUGGACGCGCGGAUCAAGGCGGAGAGCCUUGCCGUGUUGCGGACCGCGCAGGGCCACUUAUUAUCGCGCCUCGCUACUGUUGUCCGCUCGGUGUAG